AUGCCUGAAGUUAGAGCUGAACUUGAUCUGAAUGCAGGUCAGAUAUUUCAGAGGGUAUAUGACAUGCGGGGGAUUAAGAUAUCUAAAUAUAAGGCAUAUGAUGCAAGGCGGAAAGCGUUGUCUAAAAUUUUUGGAGAUUGGGAAAAAUCAUAUGAAUUACUUCCACAGUAUCUUGAAGCUAUCAAACAAAAUAAUCCGGGUACUGAAUACGAAAUAUUAUCUGAAGAGAUUGCACCGGGUAUGGAGAGGUUCACUCGCGUGUUUUGGGCAUUUGGUCCUGCUAUUAAGGGCUUUACUUUUUGUCGUCCGCUAUUGAGUAUUGAUGGUACACAUUUAUAUGGAAAGUACAAAGGCGUGCUUCUUGUAGCUACCGGUGUAGAUGCAAAUGACGGGUUAUUUCCUCUAGCAUUUGCAGUCAUGGAGGUGGAGGAUACGUCUAGUUGGAAGUGGUUUUUUAAACUUAUAUACAAGUGGAUUCCAAGUGUCCGUGCGCCAAGAAUAAUUACCUUUAUUUCGGAUAGGAUGAAAGGAAUUAUAAGAGCGUUACAUGAGGGUUUUAGUGCACCACAUCACCAUCGAUAUUGUUUAAGGCAUAUAAGAGAUAAUUUCAAGAAAAAACAUGAUGAUAUUAAUUUGCAAAAUCUUUUGUGGCAAGCCGGGUGUGCAACCGACACAUUAGUGUAUGACCAUUGCAGGGAGAAAAUCAAGUCUUUGUCAUUAGAUGCACAUAAUUGGAUUGAAAAUAACUUGAAGCCCCAAUUCGAGCAUCGGUGGGCAUUAUGUAAGGAUGAGGGUGUGCGGUUUUGUAUGAUGACGACUAAUUGCUCCGAGAGCUUUAACUGCGUUCUUAAAGGAGCACGAGCUAUGCCAAUACAAUCUUUGGUUGCAAGAACAUUCUAUAAACUAAACGCAUACUUCAACAAAAGGCGUGGUGAUGGCAUAGACUGGACAACACGUUACACACCAAAAAAUGAGUCCAUUUUGCAUAGAAGAAUUGAGGCAGCAAGAUCAUGUCAAAUUACCGUAUUCAACGACAACGAAUGGCAGGUACAGGAUUGUGACGGUAUCUACACCGUUAAACUAUUUGAUGUUGAUUGCACUUGCACAUGUUUGUACACCAUGGAUCCUGGGCCGGUUAGUGAUGAGGUCUUACAUGACCAGGCUCAGCAUCGUUCACAUAUUAUAUCCUGUACAAAGGAGGGAGUAUCGUUAUGGUUGAUCAUAGCCUCAGCCAUAGCCGUUGGCGGUUAG